CCCGUCUGGGGGGUAAUGUGUGCAUAUGGCCAACAGGUGGCGCCGAGUCUGCGGGACUCGAAGGCCCUGGAACGUUUCUCUCCUGGUCCAGCGCUUGGGGGGAAGGGAUUUCCUGCGGACCCAUUUUGUUUACUGCCACCUGGCUGGGAGAUGCUACAGACACAGAGCUCCCUGGCUGAGUCCGCUGAUGGGGAGGAACUGAGGGUCGAGGAGGGGAUCUUGGAUGGGAACAAGGAUCAGAGACCCAGCAGCACUGCUUUCCACUCUCUGUAUAUUUACCUGCCCGGAGGUGGCUCCCAGUCUGGCACCGACACAGAGGAUGGCAGCUCUGCAAGUGCGGCGGGAGAUGCAGUCUCCAUUGAGGACUUCAGUCUGUCGCUGGUGGACACAAACUUACCAGACGAGUCAGAGUUGGAGUUGCGGAGCUUCAUUGCCAAGCGUCUGUCCCGUGGAGCCUUGUUUGAGGGGAUGGGAAAUGUUGCUUCUCUGGAAUUGAGCUCCCCAGAAUAUUCCCUGGGAUGUUUUUAUUGCCUCUUGCAACCAGACAAAGAGGGGGAAGCAGCAGACCCGGAGCUCAAUACACGCUCCCCAGAAUAUGUUGUCUGCUUUCUAGGAGGUUCUGAAAAAGGACUUGACUUAUUCCGAUUGGAGCUGGACAAACACGCUGAAGCUCUGAAGGCUAAACUUGAUCCCCAGCUGAGCAAUCUGGAGACUGAUAUCAGGCCUCACCUCAGCAGCUGGUUUGAAUCAUCCGUGCAGCCAAUCCAGAGAAUCGUACACCUAUUCCAGGAGAAGCUGGCCUACUUAUUGUAUGCGGCGCUGAGUUACACUCCAGUAGAAGUGAAAAAUGCAGAUGACAGAACCCAGUGUGACAUCAACAGGUUCAUGAGAUUGGCCAGUCUCCAGGGUUUGGUUCAGGAGGGGACUAUGACGUCUCUGUGUAUUGCAAUGACUGAGGAGCAGAAGAGAUCGCUCAUUGUAGACUGCAGUGAUAGACAACCAAAGAUACUUAAUGCUGUGAGUAACAAGUUCUGUGAAGACUGGAUGCAGAUUGUUAUAAACAGCCCUGAUGGGGGCAAUCCCUUCCUUUUCCACCAGAAACUGGAGAAUUUUAAGCUGAAGGCAAUCCAGGAUAUGAACAACCUGAAGCGCCUGAUCCGCCAGGCAGAAAUGAACCACUACGCCCUAUUUAAAUGCUACAUGUUCCUGAGAAACUGCGGCAAUGGCGAUAUCCUGCUGAAGAUUGUGAAGGUUGAACACGCGGAGAUGCCUGAAGCCAGCAGUGUCCUGAGGGUCCUGGAAGAGUUUAUCCAGGAGGGUGGGUUUUCUGCUCAUAACUGCUGAUUCAUUCCUAGAGUGCCAGAUGUUAGUAGUCACUGGCUAGCUUACGUCAGUCCAGCUCUCUUGUUUUAAUGACCACAGGCAGCAGUACCUUGGAUCCUGCACUUUCAUGAACUUGCCAGGGCAGCAUGCUUAUUACACUAAAUACAAAGCCCCCCGGGCCAGUCUCAUAGCACAGCUGCAAACUCAACAGGAGCCCAAAAUGCCCAAGGUUCUCUGCAUUCAAUGUUUAUAUUUUGCACAUCUCCUGUUUGUGGUUUUGUCACCUUCAUGCCUCGCUCUAGGGAUUAGCAUCUCAUACUAGGAGCAGUCGCAGGCGCCCCAAAGAUUGAUUUAUCAUACUGGGAGCAAUCACACAAGCCCCGUAGAUUGGUGAUCUGUACUGAGAUCAGCCACAGGAGCCCUGGCAAUUGGUGUCUCAUAUUGGGAACAGUCCUAGAAACCCUGGGUAUUUGUGCCUCUUAUUGAGGGGCACCAGUUUCUGGAGUCUCUCAUAUGGAACAGUCACAGGAACCCAGAGGAUUUGAAUCUCGCACAACGAGCAUUUAUGGGGCCCAUGGGUUGGUGGGUCCCAGUACUGUAACUUUACAGAAUUUUAUGGUGCAACAAAACGAUGAUGACUUUACCUAAUCACUAACAUUUACUUACAAUACUUCAGUAUUGGAUUUAACAUUAAUCUUUAACUUGGCCUUUUUGUGGGUAGAUAUCUUUAGUGUAAAUAAGGAUUUUAUAGAAAUGUACAAGAUGAAAUGUUAGGUCCAGGGCCGGGUUUAGUGACCAGGGUCUAAAGCAGUGUUUGUAGCCCCUGGAAAAAUAUAUUGCCCUUGCCCCCUGCUGGAUGCAGAAACAUGUCACUUUACAGCUGUUAAAAGUUGCAGCAAUAUGGUUAAUGCUCCUCUACUUCCCAGACAGGCUCCUCAAUACUACUGUUUGUUGUACAGUAAAUUAGGAGCAGCAGAGUAGUAUCAAGUAUUUCCAAUAUGAUUGGUCUUUCAAAGCCAAUUAACCAGAGACUGGUUGAAAAGUCAAGCGGGGUCAUAACGUAGCGCACAUAGGUAUGCAAGGUGCUCGAUGUGUCUGCCCCUAGAGUUGCCCUGUGAAUUUUGUUUCUUAUCCAAGGCUGAAGCUUUCCCUCUGUGCAGACUGAACACUGUCUUAGUAAUGUCCUAUUGAUGGGCAACCUCCAUUGCCUGACUCCUUCCUCAUACUUGUGACAUUUCAUAUCAGAUCUAUGUCUGAUUUUGUGCAAUCUCCUUAUUGUACUUGGUUCUCAAUAAAAUGCUGAUUGAUACCUA